UGCCUAUUUGUUUGCAUGUUUUUUCUUUUGGUUGUUCUCGGCAACUGAUGGUUGAUGAUGAUGAUGACAUCAUCACUGUGUUAUAUUUCGUUGUCUCUCAAUACCAUUUUCAUUCUGUUUUGUUUUAAUGUUUAGAAAAGCUAAAAAAAAAAUCAUACAUCGAGUGAACUAAAACAAAACGACCAUCAAAAAAAAGCUACGCACGCACACUCAAACACAUGUACAAGCUGUAAACACAAGUAAUUACAAAUACUACGAAAAAUCAAUAAGCAGCAGCUUUUUGGGCUGCGAAACAGCUGCUUUUUGGAUUAACCGAAGUUGGAAGACGAGGAGGAGAGGGAAACGGCGACGGCAACAGGAUGGUAUUCGAGGCCGUGGUUGCCGAUGUUCUCAACAAGGUGCUGGGCGACUACAUUGAGAAUUUGGAUCAUAAACAAUUGAAAAUCGGCAUCUGGGGAGGUGAUGUGGUUUUAACGAACCUCAAGAUACGUGAGAAUGCGCUCGAUGACUUGGACUUGCCUGUUCAAUUAAUCUACGGCUAUUUAGGUAAAUUGGUGCUGAAAAUACCCUGGAAAAAUCUGUACAGCCAGCCAGUUAUUGUUGAUAUUGAGAAUCUCUAUGCGCUCGUCUCGCCCAACAACAAUGUGCGAUACAAUGCCGAAAAAGAGGCCAAGUACGAGUUGGCAGCCAAAAAGGCGGCACUCGACGCCUUGGAAGCAGCACGCAAAAAAGAGCUGGAGAAGGUCCAGGCCAAGGCUGAUGCGGGCUUCGCUGAGAAGUUGACUGUACAGAUAGUCAAUAACUUGCAGGUGACGAUCAACAAUGUGCACGUGCGCUACGAAGAUACCACAACCACAGGGAAUCCCUUCUCGUUUGGUAUUACACUGCAUGAACUGGAGUUGUAUACAACGGAUAAAAACUGGGACAAAUGCUAUAUGACAGAGCGUGCGCCGCAGGUGUUUAAAAUUGCGAAUCUCUCUUGCCUGUCGGUAUACAUGAACUGUCAUGGCAAUCUCUAUGGUAAACAGGAGAAGACGACGUUGUCAAACACAUUCGAAAAAGAUAUUGCCAAAAAAGAUUUUAAGCCGGCAAACUUUUGUUAUGUUUUGGGUCCACUUUCCUGCAAUGCCAAGCUAAAGUUGAACAUGAAUCCAGAGCUGGAUGUUCCAGCUUAUGAGAAUCCAAAGAUUGACUUGAGCAUGGAAAUGGAAACGCUGAAUGUUGGACUGACGGACACGCAGUUUCACAACAUCAUGCAACUGGGCGAUUCAAUGAAUCGGAUGCAGCUCGGCGUGCCUUAUCGAAAGUAUCGCCCCUACGACAUACCCUACAAGGGUCACUACCGAGAGUGGUGGCAAUUUGCGAUAACCGCUGUGCUGGAGCAUGAUGUGCGUCGAGUAAGACGCACCUGGAGCUGGAAGUAUAUGCAGGAGCAUCGCGAACGCUGCAAUACCUAUGGAGAGAAAUACAAAGAACGUGAGCUCAGCAAGAAACCACCUGCGAUGCUGUUGGAGGCCUGCAAUUUGCUGGAACAGGAGUUAGAUGUGUUUAAUCUUCUGCUGAUACGACAGCGCGUCAACAUUGAGAUCGCCAAGCAACGCGAAGCGGCGCCGCCAGAGAACACAGGAUGGUUCGGUGGCUGGUGGGGCGGAGGUGCUAAGAAAGAGCAAAACGACGGGAAUGAAAAUAUUGUUAGUAAAUUUGAGGCUGCGAUGACGCCAGAGGAGAAGGCAAAGAUGUUCAAGGCCAUUGGCUAUGAGGAAAACGUAAAGCCGCAGGAUGCGCCCAUCGAAUAUGUGGCAAUUGUUAUGAAUUUCAAGCUGAUUGCGCUGGAUAUUGGAUUGUAUCAGGAACCGCGCAUUGCACAAGCCGACUCCUCAUUCGACUACCAUCAGAUGCCAAGCAUCAUGCUGCUGCAGUUCUCCAUGGCCACAGCUUCAAUUACGCAGCGUCCCUCGGCGGAGGCAAUUAGUGUGACUGCCGGCAUGAAGGAAUUAAAGCUGAUGGGCUUGACGCGUGAGAAUUACACGCCAAUGAUGGUCAAGUCAAUGGUAACCGAUGAAUUCAAUUUGCUGGACAUAUUCUUCGAAACAAAUCCCAUUGACCAGAAGUGCAAUCAGCGCGUUAAAGUCGUCGCACGUCCACUGCAAAUUAUCUACGAUGCAGAGACGAUACUGAGUCUGCUCGAAGUCUUUAAGCCGCCUCAGAAUGUGAAUCUUUCCCAACUAGAGCAAUCGGCUGCCUCACAACUUGUGGGCAUCAAGGAGCGCUCGGCCACAGGCAUGCAGUAUAUUAUCGAUCAGAAAUCUGUGCUGGAUGCGGACAUAUUGCUAAUGCCGAAUGUGAUUGUAGUCCCACAUGGCGGUCGUUAUGUGGAGCACGAAAAGUCACUGAUUGUGGUCAGUUUGGGUCAAGUGCAUGUCACCACAGCGCCGCAUCAUCGCAUAGCAAACUCGGUUCAAGCGCUGCACAGUCUAGGCAGCGAAAAGGCCGAAAUAAUGCAGAAUGUCAUGGAUAAUGCGUACGACAGAUUCAUAGUAAAGCUCAAUGAUAUACAAUUGCUGGUGGCGCGACCAACUGAGAACUGGCAACAUGUGCUCAGUCUCGCUGUAUCCACGGAUUUGCAUGUGCUGCAGCCCACAUCGCUGGAGAUAACCGCUGCACUGUGCGUGGUCGACGAUGAUCCACGUUUGCCCAAGAUCAAGGUGGAUAUUGUGGUGCCAUCGGUGCUGUUGAAUAUCACCGAGGAUCGUGUCUUUGAAGCCAUUGGCGUUGCCACCAGCAUACCGCUGCCCAAGAACGAGGAUACCGUUGUGCAACCCAUCUUGACACGCUCUCGCAGUUCCAUAUCGAAUUUCAUUAAUCGUGAGCUCAAGAAGCGCAGCACCACGUCGGUGCCAAAGCCCGUGGAGACCGUGGAUGAGAUCAUACAGUAUACCAAUGUUGAGGUCAACUUCUCGCUCAGAGAGGUCUCGCUCACGCUCUACCAAUCGUAUCAGCCCAGUGAAUUGAUCAACCUAUCAGACCCAACGACACCAUUCGUAACGCCCGAUGAAGAACGCAGCGCCAAUUUAUCAGUAAAUUCAUUGGCGGGCGUUGACAGCGACAUGCUGCUGCGUCGCACAUCACUAUCUUCGCGGCAUAUACUCUCUGUCCAGGUGCUUCAGCUGGAGGCGAGUCUCGCGCAACGCACCUACGAGACGGUGGCCACCUUAAAAUUGGGCGGCAUCAAUAUUAAACAGUUCGAUUGCAUCGGCGAUAAGGAGCAAGUGCUGGACAUUAUUGACACCCCACGCUUCGCUGAGGAUAUGAUGUGUCUGCUCACAGUUUCCUACACCAUGGCCGAUAAAAUAUCGCCAGAGUUUAGCACCAAGUACAAUUCCACCGAGCAGCUCGUUGUGGCGAACUUUGAGGUGCUGAACAUUGUGUUGCAUCAGGAGUGUCUACAGCGUCUGUUGGCGCUCGUCGACAAUUUCCAGAAGCGACUGGAAAAAAUUAUGGUUUCCACGGGGCCAAAAGAUCGUUAUGCUUCGGCUGGUGAUGGCGAUGGCAUUCGGCACAAGUUGCAUGUCAUUAUGGAGGAUACAGAAACCAUUCUGACCACAGCCCAACAUGCAGUGCGACGCACUCCAGAGCGACGUGCUGCCCGUGUGGAGAGCAUUAAGAUGCGUAUUGUGGCCAAUCUGAAUGAGGUUAGCCUCAAGCUCACCUCGCGCAAUCGUCCCUUAGCCUGGAUGCAUGUCAAACAGUUUGUAUCAAAUGUCACGUUGAAAAAUUCAUACACAGAAGUGAAUUUGGGUCUCAAGGAUAUUAUGGUCGAGGAUCUGAAUCCACACACAAUACACAAGAAUAUCUUGAGUAUUGUGGGUCAGGAUGCGUUUAAUUGCCAGGUGGUGCUUUUCAACAAGGAGUACACCAAGGAUUACAAUUCGGACGAUAUGAAAAUCACUGUGGAUAUUGGCUGCAUGAAGAUUAUAUUCCUCAAUUGGUUUGUGGCUGGUGUAUUGAACUUCCUAAACAACUUCCAAGUUGCACAACAGGCGCUGUCGGAUGCCAGCGCUGCAGCUGCUGAAAGUGCGCGUCAGAAUGCAAUGGAUGCCUAUGAGAAGGCGACCCGCAUGAAGCUGAAUGUGCGCAUCAAGGCGCCAAUUAUUAUCAUACCUGAGGAUUCGAAGAGCAACAAUGCGCUCUCACUUGAUUUGGGUCUGCUGGAGUUGACGAACAACACCAGCGAGGUGCGUGUGCCGGACAUGGAGGAACGAGGUGUCAUCGAUGAGAUCAAGCUGCAGCUCAACGAUGUCAAGGUAACCAAAGUAAUCAUUAUGGACUCCGAUACUCCUAUUGAGGAGGAUUACGACGAUGUGGAUGCUGCAUUUGGCCUUAGAUCCUCGCAGGUUAUGAUGAAUCCCAUGAGUUUCACGUUAUCCGUUACCCGCAAUCUGUCGAGCACUUGGUACAAGGAUGUGCCAGAACUCAAUCUAUCGGGUCACCUGAAGUCCGUUGAACUUACUCUAUUCAUGGAUGACUACGCAUUGGUUAUGUCAAUUUUAAAUCAUAAUCUAAGCGAGGGCAACGCAGAGUUCCCUCCAGAAGAGGUUAAGGCUCCGGAGAAGCCAUUACCAGCAGAGGCAAGGCGUACAAGGACAACAGAGGAUCGUAUUCAAUCCCUCAUCACGCCUGUGGUUGAAAAGGUGUACGAGAAACUGAAAUUCAACUUCCAAUUCGAUGGUGUCACUAUCAAUUUGAUGGAGGCCGAAGAUCGUGGCUUGGCCUGUUUUGGCAUUUACUUCUUGUCUGUGAAGGGCACCCAGUUGAACAACAAUACGCUGAGUACUUCGAUUGUGCUCUGCAACAUUCAAUUGGAUGAUACGCGACCAGGCAACAAGGGCAAAAUUCGCCAGUAUUUGAGCUGCAAGAAUUGGAAUAUUUCCGACAAGAAUGAAAUAAUUGAGGCAUGCAAAAAGGAUCCCACCUACAUGGUAGACGUGACAGCCAUCAUCAAAGAAAACGAUACUUUUGCUGAGGUUCGUGUGCGUGGCUUCGAUUUGAUUGUCUGCAUUGAUUUCCUACUGGAGCUGACAAAAUUCCUCGCGUUGCCAACGGAUACAACGAAAGAAGCUCCAGCUGUGAUCAACCCAGCGCAACUGGAAACAGUGGCAAGGGACAGUGCACGUACCACAAAACUAAGCCUUGAAGCACAACAAGGUCCAAAGAAAACAAUGCAUCUGAUACUACACGUUGAUCAGCCCGAUGUGAUCUUGGUGGAGAAUCUCGAUGAUUUGAACACCAAUGCAAUUAUCUUCAAUGCACAAGCUCAUCUGAAUUAUCGCUCAAUCAACGACAAGCAGAUCAUCAAUGGUCAAAUCGAUGCGCUCAAGAUAUUUAUGUGCGCUUUUCUGCCCGAGCGUCGCGAGCUAACUCGUCACUAUAUACUACAUCCAUGUGUGAUUAGUCUGCAGGGCUCAACUCCCGAGGAGGAGGGCAUGCACAUCAGCUUGAAGCUGAGUGAUAUUAUCAUCAAUGUGUCGCCAGCAACAAUUGAACUACUAAACAAGGCAAUGAUGAGCAUAACCGUGGGCACGGCAGAGAAGGCAGCUAUUGAGCAGCAAAGCAACGAUUUCUCCCAGCUCUGGUAUCCAAAACCAUUCAGUUCGCGAUCGUACUGGUUCACCAAGGUUGAAAGUGCCACUGAGGCUCAAGAGCAGGACAAUGUUGUCGCAGCAAGCGACAAAGGAAAGACGGAGAAAUGUGUGAUCGAGAUGCCGAGCAUAACUGUUGUCAUUGAAUCCGGCAUGGGCUACUACACGAAGCCACUCAUAUCACUGGACACACGCAUGACGGCGGUCUUUAACAACUGGAGUCGCAAUUUAACAGCACACGGUUCUCUAACGCUGAAUAUGAACUAUUACAAUCAAAUCUUGGCAGAAUGGGAGCCCAUCAUUGAGCUGAACGAGGUCGUCGGUCGCAACGGUGUGAGCGAGUAUAUACCUUGGGAAUUGCAGUUUGAUUUGAAGAUCGAGAAGGUCACAAACGAAUUCGAUGAAACAGACGACAACCAGACGACCAACAUUCGCAUACAUUCCAAGGAAACUCUCGAGGUUACCUUGAGCAAAACGUGCCUGGGCUUGCUGAGUGAACUGGGUGACGCUUUCUCGCAAGCUAUACACGAGAAGGGUUUGAGUAAACCUGAUGUGGUUGCCCCGUAUAUUGUGGAGAACGAUACGGGCGUUGAUAUUACACUGGAUCUAUCGCAGGGCAUAUUCACGCUGCACGAAGUGCAUCGCGGUGGACAUUCGAUUAACAACUCGUUGGUGCUGCAAAGCGACAAGGAGGAUCAUCUAGUUAAGCCGGAAGAUAUACAAGUAUGCAAGGUAUCAGCCGGCGGACGUGUCUACUUGCAAACCAAGGACUUGAGCACCAUUCCCGAGGAUAUGCAUGAGGACUACAAUCUCUAUGUGACGAUUAGUGAUCUACCUUUGGAAGUCGUCCUGCCUGUGUCCAAGGCUGACACACGCUAUUUCCCCUUAACGGGUUUCGGCAAAGACCACUGGGCUAUCGUAUCUGAAGUCACACUUGAGUAUGGCACCACCAAAGUCAACAUUCAUGGCGUUGUCAGCAUACACAAUCAUUUUACGACCACAAUCAGCGUAUUUCGUCGCAAGUCAGAUCUGGAGUAUAUACUCGUUGGCCAAGCGAAGCCUGGAAAAGUAUUGAAUGUACCCUUGCACGCCAUCUAUUCCGAUAGCAAGGAACUGUACUUUUCGCUCAGUGGCUACCGCACUUCGGUGCAGGGCAUUGUCUGGAACAACAAACCCUCGGAACUCGACUAUGACCAGCAGCUGCAAUGCGAUCCCAUCGAUACUUAUGAGGCGCUGUACAUCAAUGUGAAACGUGAAAAGCGAGAUAUUUAUUUCGGCACAUCCGACAAGUAUCGCAUUAUGAGCGUUACCUAUACGCUCCACUUGCGUCCUCCGCUCUACCUCCGCAAUUCGCUGCCCAUUGACAUCAAGGUAUCUGUGCUUGGUUGUUCGGUGCGCAAAUCGCCGGCUAAUGAUGAAAACGAGCGUGGAACGCAGCUGAGCCGGUACACGGACCUUGAUCAGUAUCAGGGUGAAGAUUUCCUUGAUUAUGGCGAGAAGGAAGUGAAUCCUGGUCAUGUGCUGCACUUGCCCACCGUGCGCAUGUUCCAAAAGGGCAAGGAAUCAAAGAGUGUUCUCGUAGUGCGCUUGAUAGGUUACCUGGAGAAGGACUGGUCCUAUACCACGGAAAUAUCGGAAAAUAACCCCGAAGUAGCUGUCUGGACAUUCGCUUCCUACGAUUCGGACGUUAAAAUGGAAAUGGAUCUGAAUGUGCGCACAACCAAUCGUCAUGGCAGCGUCAUGCUAACCAUUUACAGUCCCUUCUGGAUGAUCAACAAGACGGGCAUGAUGCUCACUUACAAAACAGAGAUUGCUUCGGUUGAAGUGCUUUACCAUCCUCCCGAGUACUCUGGCCCAAUUUUGUUCACCGCUCGCGAGAAACUGUUCGACAAGAAGCGCGCAUCGAUACGCAUUGAUAAUGGCGAGUGGAGUGAGAAGAUCCCACUGGAUGUUGCUGGUUCCAUUGGCGGUGUCACGUGCAAUGCCAAUGAGCAGACCUAUCAGAUUGGUGUGCACAAUCAUUUGACACAGAACUCCCUGACCAAGCAGAUCACCUUUAUACCCUUCUACAUCAUGCGCAACAAAUGUCGCUUUACCAUCGAUCUUCAAGAGCUUUUGCGACCCGGUGAUCCCUGGACGGUGCUCCAGCCUAACCAAGUGGAACCGCUGUGGCCCAAAACUGAUUCAAAUCACAAAUUGAUUGUGCGCGUUGAUGACAAAAUAACGCCCUCUUUUGACUACACCGAAGUAACGUGCACAUUGCUGAAGCUCGACGACAGCAAGCAUGGUGGCAUCCAUGUGGAUGUGCAAACCACAGAGGGUGGUGUGUAUAUAACCUUUACCGAAUACCAGCCAAGCCUGGCGCCUGGCCUGAUCAUCAAUCACACCAGCCAGGAUAUCGUGUACUACGAGAAGAACGUCAAGCAGGAGCAUGUCUUAAAGUCCAAGCAUAAUACGAUGUACGCAUGGGCCGAUCCUACAGGUCCCAAGACUCUUGUGUUUGGCAAGGACAAACAUGAAACUGAUCUGAGACGCGAUCACAUCGAGAACAUAGCUUUACCAGAUGGCCGCAAAGCGUUUAUGGUGUCCUUCCUCGAUGGCAUGCAGCGUGUGCUGCUCUUUACUGAACUCGAGGAGAUUGCCAAGCGCACAGAGACGAGCGGUACUUUGCAAACAAUCACACAGAACAUUGAUCUGCAUAUUCAUGGCAUUGGUAUCUCUGUGGUUAACAACGAGUCGGGACUGGAUAUACUUUAUCUAGGCGUCACCAGCUCGGGCAUUGUUUGGGAAUCAAGGAAACCGAACAAGAAGCGUUUCAAGGAAAUGACAAUACAGGACACGGAGCUCAUGGAAGCCGAGUACCAGCGCUACCUCGUUCACAAGUCGGUCAAUGAUGUGAAGACCUACAAGUUGGACAACAAAUACCUGAUUAACUUCGAUUCAAUGACGCUGACAAAGCAAUGCGAUCGACGUCUUAAGCGCAGUUUCUACCCAGCCAUUUGGAUGUCAAUGAAAUCAUCGCCGUUCCAGAAGCAAUUGCAUCUGAAGAUCAAUCGCAUACAGAUGGACAAUCAGUUCAUUGAUCCCGUAUUCCCAGUAGUAUUGGCGCCCAUUGCACCGCCCAAGAGCGUCGCCAGCAGCACGACAAUGAAACCCUUCAUCGAAUGCAGCAUGAUCGAGCGAGUUAUACCCAACUCACAGAUCAAGCAGUUCAAGUAUGCCUCCAUUCUUAUACAGGAGUUCCACUUCAAGGUGGACAUACUUUUCCUAACUGCCAUUGCUGAGAUGUUUGCCGCGGAUGUGACGGACGAACAGGCUGCCAAACUGUUCCGCACUGAUGUAGAGUCCAUUGAGCUGCCGUUGACGGCUCACUUUGAGCAGCAUUCGCAGCAGGAGCAAAAGAACUUUUAUGAUAAUCUGCAUUUGGGUCCAUUGAAAAUACACGUUAGCUUCUCGAUGGCUGGCUCCGAUACCACAGCGUUGCCUGGAUUCCUUGGACCGUUGGUUCAAGGCGUUGGCGUUACGUUGACCGACAUCAAUGAUGUCGUCUUCCGUCUGGCGUUCUUCGAGCGUGAAUAUCAGUUCUUCAGCCAGUCGCAGCUCGUUUCUGAGGUCAGCUCUCAUUACACUGGCCAGGCGCUGAAGCAACUAUAUGUGCUGGCGCUGGGCUUGGAUGUGUUGGGCAAUCCUUAUGGCCUUGUGGUGGGCAUCAAGAAGGGCGUCGAAGAUCUGUUUUACGAGCCAUUCCAUGGCGCCAUUCAAGGACCCGGCGAGUUCGCCGAGGGUUUGAUGCUGGGCGUCAAGUCGCUCUUCGGCCACACAGUGGGUGGCGCAGCUGGAGCGGUGUCGAAGAUUACAGGUGCCAUGGGUAAGGGCUUGGCUGCCCUGACCUUUGACGAUGACUAUCAACGCAAACGUCGCCAGGGCAUGCAUAACAAGCCAAAGAAUUUCCAUGAGGGUCUGGCACGCAGCGGCAAGGGUCUGGUGAUGGGCUUUGUGGAUGGUGUCACAGGAGUGGUCACCAAACCAGUGAGUGGAGCACGCGAACAGGGUGUCGAAGGUUUCUUCAAGGGUCUGGGUAAGGGCGCCAUUGGUCUAGUAGCUCGACCCACCGCUGGCGUUGUUGACUUUGCCAGCGGCAGCUUUGAGGCUGUUAAACGCGCCACCGAAAGCACCGAUGAGGUGAAACGACUGCGACCACCUCGCUUCCAGCACUACGAUAAUGUGUUACGUCCCUAUUGCCAUGGCGAAGCUCUGGGCAACAUCAUGCUUAAAUACCCAGAUAAAUCAUAACUAAAAACAAUACUAGAACCACAGAAAACACUACACACUGCAAUCGCAAUCGCAAUGAAUAUUGAUUUUAACUCUACUAAUAAACUAUCAACUUUGUAGCUAUAUAUUUUCAUACUAAAAUAGAUAGCAUGAAACUACACUAAAUUCAAUGUACAAAUUUCGCUUAAGAAACUAGCACUUCUUACUGUUUUUCACUAUAGUAGAAUAAGUUCCUACAUAAUAUCUAUGUUAAUUAUCUAAUCAUGAAUAUUCCGAGACCGGUUAUACACUCUAUGCCGAUUAACAGUCUCAGAUGUCUACGCUAUUUUUUUACACUUGUAAUGGUUACUGAAUAAAUAAAGAGUUGUUGAUCUUGUAGUUAGAAUGCCUCAUUCGUAGCGUA